AGCAAGGGCUGUAGUGACCAUAGUGACAGCGGCGGUUACUGCUCCUUUAAUCCGCUCUCCUCCUCGUCUCACCUGCCGUGUUGCCCUCCUGCCUCCUUCCCCAUUCUCUGCUUUGUUUUUAUUGUUGCUCUCUCUCUGAAUUUGGAUCAUGGCUGCCCAUUCUGUUGACGAACCGUUCCCUUUCCACGGGCUUCUCCCCAAGAAAGAAACCGGCGCCUCUUCUUACCUCACCAGGUUCCCAGAGUAUGACGGUCGAGGGGUGCUCAUCGCUAUACUCGACACCGGCGUGGACCCCGGGGCCCCCGGCAUGCAGGUCACAACAGAAGGGAAGCCAAAGAUUGUUGACAUUAUUGAUACAACAGGCAGUGGUGACGUGAACAUGACCACGGCUGUGGAGCCCAAAGAUGGAACCAUCACUGGCCUCUCUGGAAGAACGCUCAAGAUCCCGCCUGCCUGGGUCAACCCAUCAGGGAAGUAUCGCAUUGGAGUUAAAAAUGGCUAUGAGUUCUUUCCCAAGGCUCUUAAGGAAAGAAUACAGAAAGAGCGAAAAGAGAAGACGUGGGACCCAGCACACAGAGCAGCACUCGCUGAAGUCUGUCGCAAAACAGAAGAGUUUGAUGUCGCUCAUCCCACCCCCUCACAGAUAGAAAAGUUGCAGAAGGAAGACCUACAGUGUCAGUCAGAGCUGCUGGCAUCUCUAGAAAAGAAGUACAGUGAUCCGGGCCCGGUAUAUGACUGCGUGCUUUGGCAUGAUGGCGUCACAUGGAAGGCGGUAGUAGACACGUCCGAGUGUGGAGAUCUGUCUCAGUGCACUGUCUUGGGCUCAUACAAAGAAAAACAAGAGUAUGCCACUUUAGGAAAUGCUGAGAUGUUGAACUACUCUGUUAAUAUAUAUGACGAGGGAAACACCCUGUGCAUCGUUACCAGUGGAGGGGCUCAUGGGACACAUGUGGCAAGCAUUGCAGCGGGUCACUUCCCAGAAGAACCAGAGAGAAACGGUGUGGCUCCAGGGGCCCAAAUCCUGGCUCUGAAGAUUGGAGACACACGCCUCAGCACCAUGGAAACUGGCACCGGCCUCAUCCGAGCGAUGAUUGAAGUAAUCAACUACAAGUGUGACCUGGUUAAUUAUAGCUAUGGGGAAGCCACUCACUGGCCUAAUUCAGGGAGGAUCUGUAAAGUGAUCACAGAAGCGGUGCAGAAGCACAACGUGAUUUUUGUGUCGAGUGCAGGAAAUAACGGCCCCUGCCUCUCCACAGUGGGGUGCCCAGGAGGAACCACCAGCAGUGUUAUAGGAGUUGGAGCGUAUGUGACUCCAGACAUGAUGGUGGCUGAGUAUUCGCUGAGGGAAAAGCUGCCCCCUAACCAGUACACAUGGUCAUCCAGGGGCCCCAGCACUGACGGGGCCCUCGGGGUCAGCAUCAGUGCUCCAGGUGGGGCCAUUGCAUCCGUACCCAACUGGACCCUCCGAGGUACCCAGCUGAUGAACGGCACUUCUAUGUCCUCGCCGAACGCCUGCGGAGGCAUAGCGCUCGUACUGUCAGGUCUGAAGCAGAGUGGGAUCAGUCCCUCUGUUCCUGCUGUGAGGAGAGCGCUGGAAAACACUGCUCAAAAGGUCGACAACAUUGAAGUUUUUGCACAGGGUCAUGGAAUAAUUCAGGUGGAUAAAGCUUUAGACUACCUCACUCAACACGCCUCUCUGCCUACAAGUCACCUGGGCUUCUCUGUCAGUGUGGGUUCACAGAGAGGCAUCUACCUCAGAGAACCAACCGAGGUUCUUGCACCUUCUGAUCACGUGGUCGGUAUCGAGCCCAUCUUCCCAGAGGAAACAGACAACUCGGAGCGAAUCUCCUUGCAGCUCCACUUGGCCCUCACAUGUGCCGCCCCUUGGGUCCAGUGCCCCUCCCAUUUGGAGCUGAUGAACCAGUGUCGGCACUUUAAUGUCCGAAUCGAUCCUCUGGGACUGAGGGAGGGAGUCCACUACACGGAGGUUUGUGGCUACGAUACAUCAGUGCCCACAUGUGGCCCGCUGUUUAGAGUUCCGAUUACGGUCAUCAUCCCUACCAAGGUGACCGAUAGCCGUAAUCAGGAAGUGAGAUUCUCAGAUGUCCACUUUAGACCGGGACAGAUCAGACGCCACUUCAUCACUGUUCCUCAGGGAGCCUCCUGGGCAGAGGUCACUUUGACUUCGCAUUCAGGAGACGUCUCAUCCAAGUUUGUUCUUCACGCGGUGCACCUGGUCAAACAGAGGGCCUACAGGGCUAAUGAGUUCUACAAGUUCUCCUCCCUACUAGAAAAAGGUUCCCUAACAGAGGCUUUCCCGGUGCUGUCAGGCAGGGUUGUAGAGUUUUGCAUAGCACGAUGGUGGGCGAGCCUCGGGGAUGUGACGGUGGACUACAUCAUCUCCUUCCAUGGCCUCAGUGUUACUCCUUCUCCCUUGCACAUUCACGCCUCUGAGGGAGUGGUUAGUUUUGAUGCGUCAUCACCCAUGAGAUAUGAGGAGGUGUCCCCCACUGUCACCCUUAAGUCGUGGGUUCAGCCUCUGAGGCCUCUAAAUUCAAAGAUAAAAGCUUUGGGAGCGCGGGAUGUUCUCCCUAAUAACAGGCAGCUCUAUGAAAUUGUCCUCACCUACAGCUUUCACCAGCCUAAAGGAGGGGAGGUUACGCCCAGUUGUCCGAUGCUGUGUGAGCUUCUGUAUGAGUCUGAGUUUGACAGUCAGCUGUGGAUGCUUUAUGACCAGAACAAGAGACUGUUGGGUUCAGGGGACGCCUACCCACACCAGUAUUCCCUGAAGCUAGAAAAGGGGGAUUACACAGUACGCCUGCAGGUUCGCCAUGAGCAGUCUAGUGAGCUGGAACGCCUGAAAGAUUUGCCCUUUGUGGUUUCUCAUCGUCUGUCCAACACCAUCAACCUGGACAUUUACGAGUCGCACCGUGCUGCUCUUAUGGCAAAGAAGAAAGCGAACUCUCUUACUUUGUGUCCAGGAGCCACGCAGCCUUUCUAUGUCACAACCCUGCCUGACGACAAGAUCCCCAAGGGUACGAGUCCAGGAUGUUACCUCUCAGGCUCUCUUGUUGUGUCUAAAAGCGAGUAUGGCAAGAAAGCAGCGCUGGCCUCUGCACACCGACAACGAAAAUUUAAAAAGGAUGUUGUCCCAGUCAUCUACCACCUAAUUCCUGCUCCCAACAAAUCUAAAAAUGGUGGGAAGGAGAAGGACAAGGAUGGAGAGAAAGAAAAAGAUGUUAAAGAAGAGUUUGCAGAAGCCAUCAGAGACCUAAAGAUUCAGUGGAUGACAAAGUUGGAAUCGAGCUCUGUCUAUGAUGAGUUGUUAGAAAAUUACUCUGAUUACCUUCCACUGCAUGUGCAAAGACUACAUCAGCUGGACUCUGAGAAGGAACGAGUAAAGCGCCUCAAAGAGGUGGUGUCAGCAGCAGACAUCGUUAUGUCCCAUAUCGACCAAACAGCAUUAGCUGUGUAUCUCACCAUGAAGACAGACCCCCGUCCAGAUGCCGCCUCCAUCAAAACUGACAUGGAGAAGCAGAAGUCGUCUCUUCUGGAUGCUCUGUGUAGAAAAGGCUGCGCUCUAGCUGACCAGCUCCUCCUGCCGUCCACGCUGCAGGGCGCCGCCGGUGCUGUAGCUACAGAGCAGGCUGCUGCAGGAGAGGAGGAAGUCGGGGAGCAGAUGGCCAGCAGCUCUGACGACGCCCUGGAGAACAUAUCAAACGCACUGAUGGAUACAUUCUGGGAGGUGCAGAAGUGGGCAGAGCUGACUGACUCCAAGGUUUUGAUGUUUUCAUACAAGCAUGCUCUGGCAAACAAGAUGUACGGCCGAGCCCUAAAAUAUGCCUCUAAGAUUGUUGAGGAGAAGCCCAGCAAGGAUAACAUGAAGAACUGCAUCCAGAUCAUGCGCCACCUCGGCUGGAUGCACUGCGCCGCUUUCAGUGAGAACUGGCUUCCUGUCAUGUACCCAGCAGAUUAUACCCCCUUCUAGGCACAGCCAUGGGACGGCAUGGCCUCGCACGGUCCACUGAAGGACAGUUUUGAUAUCAGGGUCACAUGGUCUAUGCAUCUGACCAGCCAGCUGCCUCCUGACACCUUUUCUUUGAAGGCACAUGUGGGUGAAUACCAACAUUGGAGCUGACCUGGAGCCUAGAUAUUUUUGAUGCAUGCCAAACUUUGUAAGGUGAUGGUUUUGAAUUGAAACUUUUUAUUAAUAUCUGAAAUAUCAGUUAAAAAUAUGUAAAGCUAUAAUCAAUGGCCAGCAUCAAGUUGUUUCCUUCUUCAGUUUUUUUUUUUUUUUUGUCAGCUACAAAUUUGGAGGCUGA